GGAAGUUACCACUCUUUCCGUAGGAGUAAUGCUCGUUGGCGAUAGGUGAUGUUUUUGUUUUGAGAAAGAUGUGUUUGAUAUCGUAAUUUUAAUUUACAUUUGUUGCUCAACUAUUAUGUCAGUCGACACUGUGAAAUAAAAUGAUUGAUAAGAUGCCCCAGUUUAGACGUAAAAAGUUUGGCAAGUCAUUUCCAGUUAAAGUUUCAACUUUGGAUGCUGAGCUAGAAUUUUAUUUGGAGGUAAUCAUGGAUGCCUUACACAUUGCUGAGGCAGGUUGUAGUUUGAAUUGGCGAGCAACUGGUAGGGAUCUUUUUGAGUUAGUGAGUCGCACCAUUGGCCUGCGCGAGACAUGGUACUUUGGGCUGCAGUAUGAAGACAACAAAGGAUUCAUUUCGUGGCUCAAACUGGACAAGAAAGUGCAGGACCAGGGCAUCUCGCAGCAGCCACCCACGUCCUUCAACUUCCUGUGCAAGUUCUACCCGGAGGACGUGGCGGAGGAGCUGGUGCAGGAGGUGACCCAGCACCUCUUCUUCCUGCAGGUGAAGCAGGCCAUCCUCUCCAUGGACAUCUACUGCCCACCAGAGGCCUCUGUGCUACUUGCGUCCUACGCCGUCCAGGCCAAGUAUGGCGACUACGAUGAACUCACGUACCAGCCGGGCACCCUGGCGAGCGAUGACCUCCUGCCCCAGCGGGUGAUCGACCAGUACCAGAUGACGCCGGAGAUGUGGGAGGACCGCAUCAAGAUCUGGUAUGCUGACCACCGCGGGAUGUCCCGCGACGAGGCCGAGAUGGAGUAUCUGAAAAUUGCUCAAGAUCUUGACAUGUAUGGCGUCAACUACUUUCCUAUCACGAACAAGAAAGACACAGAGCUGUGGCUGGGCGUGACAGCCCUCGGCCUGAACAUCUACGAGCGCGAGAACAAGUUGACGCCUAAGACGACCUUCACCUGGUCCGAGAUCCGACACAUCAGCUUCGACGACAAGAAGUUCAUCAUCAAACCGGUGGAGAAGUCGUCGCCCAACUUUGUGUUCUUCUCCCAAAAAGUCCGCAUGAACAAGCUCAUCCUGGACUUGUGUAUCGGCAACCAUGACCUGUUCAUGCGGAGGAGGAAGCCGGACUCCAUGGAAGUCCAGCAGAUGAAGGCUCAAGCCAAGGAAGAGAAGUCGAGGCGGCAGAUAGAGCGCAACAAGCUGGCACGGGAGAAGCAGUUGCGGGAAGCUGCGGAGAGGGACCGGGCGGCCAUGGAGCAGAGGCUCAUGCAGUACCAGGAGGAGAUCCGACUUGCCAAUGAGGCCUUGCGUCGCUCGGAGGAAACUGCAGAGCUGCUGGCGGAGAAGUCACGGGUCGCGGAGGAAGAGGCGAUGCUCCUGAGCCAGAAGGCGAGCGAGGCAGAACAAGAGAUUGCUCGCCUACGACUCGGGGCCAUGAAGAAUGAGGAGGAGAAGAUGUACCUGGAGCGGAAGACGCACGAGGCGGAGGUGCUGACCAAGCGACUCGUGGAUGAGUCGGAGCGGCGGGCGGCCGAGGCAGAGCGGCUCAAGGAUGAGCUGAUCCGGGCGCGGUUAGCGGAGAAGCAGGCCAAGGAGAAACUGCUCGAGUUCCUGUCGCGCCCCGCGUACACCAACAUCACGCCGGUGCCGAACUACUACCCCGGGGGGCAGGUGCUGCCCUCGGAGCUGCAUGCCGACCUCUGCUCCCUGCAGGUGGACGCAGAGCCGCUGCCGACCGACCUUACCUCGUACGACCUGCUCACCAGCGGAGACAUGGAGCAGCUGUCGCUCGAGAUCGAGAAGGAGAGGGUGGAGUACCUGGAGAAGAGUAAGCACCUGCAGGACCAGCUGCGUGAGCUGCGCUCGGAGAUCGAGGUGCUGAAGGUGGGCGAGAAGCAGAGCGAGCUGGACCAGUUGCACGACCAGCAGGUGCGGCUGGGCGAGAACAAGUACUCCACGCUGCGCAAGGUUAAGAGCGGCUCGACUAAAUCCCGCGUGGCAUUCUUUGAAGAACUGUAGAUGAAAGAAGCCUGAUCCAGGCUCCUCGUUUAUAAGGAAAUUGAUCUUGUGAAGAGCUGUUUGCAACAAUAUUUCUAUUCCACCAUGGACUGUGGUGGCAUUCAUCUAAAAAAAGAUCACAAGAGUGAUAAGUUUAUUCGUGGUUUCAAUUAUGAUGUCGUUUUGAUUUGUUGUAGCCUUGCUUUUUACUGAUGUCUCUAUGGCAUGUGCAGCUUAGUAAUUAAUGACUGAACAUUGGAGGAAAUUCUUUGAACUCUGUAAAUAUGUAAAUAAGUACAGAAGUACCGAUCGUGUUGAUUGGUGCUUAAAAAUCGUGUCCUAAUAGAAUAGUUUCAGAUGUUCAAGGUAUUGGUGCUGUUUCUCUGGUACCUGUUACAGUAUUUAAGCCUAGUUUCAGGUAAAGCAUGACUGCCGUCUGCAAAUGUCAGUUUUGGGGAAAGACUCUAAUCAUUGACCAUUAGUUUGUCUCCGUGUCACUUCCUCUCAGACUUGCUUGAGGAAGUACUGUCUUAGUUUUAACUGUAUUUAGGCCAGUGAAAAUUUGUAUCAUUUGAUUUUCAUAAUUCAGCUGUGUUAAAGCUUGGUAUAUAAUUUCAUGGAAUGCCUGAAGUUAAUAAUCACAGUUUGCAACAAAUAGUUUCCCCUCAAAGUCAGUGGUGUUUAGUAUUUAACUAUUUUUUGGGAAUUUUAUGCAACUGUAUUAAUUUUAUCUUCCAAUCUCUUAUCUCUGCUUUUAUAAAGGAAAACCUUUAAUAUGAAAAGAUAAAAAAUCAUUAUUGCAUAAGAAUGGUUUGAAUCAAUACAAUGUCUUUCAGCUCCAACUCUCCUUAAUUCUUAUGUUUAAUUGAGUUCAAACCAUAACAGUUCCUCUGAAUAAACUACCAUUAUUAUUUACAUGUGUUUAUCUAAAAUGCAGAUACUAAUUAAUAAUGAUUACUUUAUCAUAAUAUCGAGAUCAACAGAUGAAUAGUUUAUUUUUAGUUUGUGUUGUAUAAUUCUUAUGACGAAUACACAAAUACUAAUUUGGUAACCUGUUAGUUUCUAAUCUUGUUCAAUGUCUUACUUACAUUUAUUGCAUUUGUCUUUUUAUUUUGCAGACAGUUUCAUUGAAACCCACAUUAAGAGGUGGAAUAAUUUUGCAUGCAAAAACUACCGCCUUUUAAAAUACUAGUUCAUUAAAUAUGCAAGAGGCAAAAAUGGAAUGCAUGCAUUUACCAACUUUCAAUUUCUUGAAUUUUGACUUGGCCUUAUAUAUUUGAAGUUAAGUAUUCCAGAAACUUUGAAAAACUUAAAAAUUUAUAUGAAAGGAUACAAUUUCCUUUUUGUUGCAUGUUUUCACUUGGUUAACUUUAACACAAUGAAAGUAAAUUGGUUAACUUUCACACAAUGAAAGUAAAUUACUAUUCCUUUUGAAUAAAAUUAUUGAAAUUUUCACACAUUUUCAUUAUAAACAUGAAGUAUCAAAUGAAACUUGAAGAAUUAUUUUCCUACAAUUUUACCAUUUCAAGUUUUAGGGUUGGUGACAGCUUGUGACUUUUUAUAUAUUAUUAUUAUUUUUAUUAUUAUAUUGCAUUAGUUGGUCCUGCAAAGUUUAUAAUCCCGGCCUAACAUUGCCCUGAACAUCUCUGACAGUAAUAAACAAUAGAAAUGUUUCACCCAAUUACAUGCAACCCAGUCCAAAGGGAGAGAAGUCUCUGGUCUAGGUAUUGACCAUUGGACACACAAGGCUGAGAAUGUGUAAGUUAGUUACAACAAGAAUCCAAAAAAUAAUCACGGCUUUCCUCAUAUUGUAUGGGUGCUAAAAAGUUCAACAUUUUAAAAUUAUAUUGGUAACCAUGCAGUAUGUUUAUGCACUAUCAGUUUAUCAUCAGCCUCUUUUUAGUACAUGUUGGUGUAUGUGUAUUUUUAGUAGAGAAUGUUUCUUAAAAUGGUUUUACAUUAUAUUUGUCUAGAAACUUUCUUGUGUAUGAUUGGACUUCUUACUGUAGACUGUAUUUUUGAUUGUCAAAACUAUUUGUCAUGACAAGGCACUACAGUUGAAUUAUUUUUUUCAUAUUUUAUUUUGUUUAUAGUUAAAUAUUUUACAGUUUAUAGCUUGCAAACAUGCAGGAGGAAGAAUACUGAUUUAUUUCACACAGGAAAGUUGUAAAGUAAUAGUUAGGCUAGUUUAAAAAAUGCAUAAUCUUCAAAUAGCCUCCACAGUGUAUGGUUGUGAGUGCAGCUUCAGAGUUAAUUGUUUUUGAGAAUGAUUUUGGCUUCUGAAUCAGGGUGAACUCACCCAGAUAGCAGAUGUGACCAGCGGGUGAUUGUCAAACAGCGCAGAGCAGUCCAAUCAAACACCUGGCCUUUUCCCACAGUUCCACACAGCCACAGCAAUUGAUAAACAAUGCUAUUUUGUUUGUGAGAUUAUUUAGUCAGUGCCUGAGACUGUGGACUUGCAUGUCCACACAUGAAGUUUUAGUAUAUUCUGUUACAUGUCUUCAGAGCAGCACUAGCCUACUGUAAGAACUGAUGUUCGCCCUCCAGCCACUUGAAACCUGUAGCAGAUUAUCUACUUUUGUUUUUGGGCUCGUAAUGUGUGUCAGUAUUAAUGGAAAUGUCUUCAUUCUUGACUUUCCAACCGGGGGUCUGUAACUUGUAAAUUAUGUACUCUAUUUGUAAGAUGCAAGUAGAAUGUAUUACUCUGUAAAAGCAGUUUGUUUAGGACUGCAUUGAAGUAUGUACCCUUGUUUUAAAUACAUAAAAAUAAAUUUUUUACAUUUAAA